UCCUGUUCCUCCUGGGUUGCCAUUUGAUAAGCUGCCAGAGGAUUGGAGGUGCCCGACUUGUGGCGCUGCGAAGAGUUUUUUCGAUAACAAGAGUAUAGAGAUUGCUGGGUUUGCUCAGAAUCAGCAGUAUGGUUUAGGUGGAUCUAGUAGUGCUUUAUUUGCAAACAACCAUAUAUCGUGCAUGAGGGAUAUGACUAUGCUCGUUAUUCUGUAUCAUCCUCUGAGUAUGAUGUGGAGAACAGUCGGUGCUUUCUCACUAUGAGCUCCUUGAUCAGGUAUGGAGUUUCCACGGGUAUGCGUACAUCCGGGGCCAGAAGUGUACGAUGUGUUAACACUCCAGGAGAAGCAUCGUUCAGAGGCUGUGUGGGAUGGUUCCUUGAGAGGACCGACUGGAUGCCUGUUUCCUCGCCGCGCGGAUACUGAAUUUUGGAAGCAUGUGAGGCGUCAUCCUUUUCAUCCUCGCAUCCUUGACUACUUUGGCCUGUGUGGAUUUAGGGGAGUAAUAGAGGUAGGAUGUGUAUCAUAUGAUUGGGCAGUCAUCACUGCACUUAUAGAGAGAUGGCGUCCUGAGACGCACACCUUUCAUCUGCGUACAGGUGAGGCGACCAUCACAUUACAAGAUAUCGAGGUCAUGUUUGGCUUGGUUGUUGAUGGUUAUCCCUUGAAUAAUCUUAAUGCUAGAUAUAUCGAUAUUGGUGGGUGGCAACAAUUGAUCCAUGAGCUUACUGGUUGGGCACCCGGUCUGGAUUGUUUUAAUGGUGUUAGUAGGUUAGAAGUACAUAAAUUAAUUGAAUAUAUUAGAGGCUUAGAUGAUAUUACAGAUCAGACCCCAGAAAUUGAUGUGCAACAGCGGGUUAGGUUGUACUUGCUAUGGCUUUGUGGCGGCACGAUAUUUCCGGAUAAGUCCGGUGACUUACUGAAUUUAGAUUAUUUGCUUGACAUGCGUGACCUUAGAGCAAUGAAUGAACAAGCUUGGGGAGCGGCUGCAUUGUCAUAUUUGUAUACUUGUUUAUGCCGUGCUUCGUUGAGGAAAGCGAAGGAUGUGUGUGGAUUCAUUUCCUUAUUGCAGGUUUGGGCUUGGGAGCGCAUUAUACCGAUGCAGCCACCAUGCAGGGCUCUUCCGCCACACACGGCUCUUGCACGAAGGUGGACUCAUCGUAAAUCCCACGAAAAUGAGGCACGCGAUGUUUUACCCAUAUGUAGGGAUGUAUUGGACAACCUAAUAGAUGGCCAGUUUGUGUGGCAGCCUUAUUCAGAGGCCAUCAUCAACAGACUCCCUGAGUGGUGUCUGCGUGGCCGAGAUAUUUGGAUGGCGAAAGUUCCCCUUAUUUGUGGGAUCUAUCGAGAGUGGCACAUGGUAGACCGCGUUCUCAGACAGUUUGGUAGGAAGCAACAUAUUCCGGGUCCAUGUGCAGAGAUUGAUCCUUUUCAUUACAAACGUGACAAGCGGUAUGCUAUAAAAGUGGAGGAUCAAGAAUAUUUUACAGAAACAGAUUUUUUGUGGGGAAAUCGUCGAGAUAGUUUAAUUCAGGCCGAGUAUGAAACUCAAGAUCCACAGUCACUAUCAGAGUAUUUUUGUUGGUAUCGACGUCACUCGCGCACUUUCAUAGGAAAUCCUGCGCAUAAAGUGGAUAGAGGAUACCAACACAUGGCAGGCAGGCAUGAGGCACUGGCUUUAGGACAUCAAGAAUCAUACAGGUUGGCUCAGCAGACUAUCCAAGAUCCAACCAAGUCUAAUGAAGUGAAGGAAAUAGCAGAGAUGUUUAGCCACAUUAAUACAGAGUCCAUGGCUGCUGCCUCUCUGGGGACGAUGUUGAGUUUCACUCCAUAUUAUACACCACCGGCAGAGUAUGUUGAGCCGCCUACUAUGCAAGUGCCUCGUCAUCAACGUCCUAAUGUACCAAGACCUGCGGCGCGUGGUAGAGGACGCCAAUCAGGUAACAGACGGGGUCGAACUCCCGUGGAUCACCAGUUGGUUGAUGAGGAAGAGGUUCGUUUUGAUCAAGAUAUGCCCAGCUCAACGAUGCAUACAGAUGAUGAUGCAUAUCACCCAAUAAUAGAUUUUAUGUCCAGCUCAUCGACGUUAGCUCCCGAGGUUCAAUCACCAGCAGUAAUCAGAAGUGAGGGGCCUUUUCAGGCAUUCGCAUCGUCUGGGCCUAUUAGCCUGGCAGUUAUGGCCCAACAGUUUAGUGGUCAGACAAGCAGCUCUUAUGGGAUGACUGAGGGGCCUUUACCUGCAUUCACUGGACAGAGCUCUUCAAUUGGGAGGAGACUGAGUUUUACCGAUGUGAGUAUUCUAACCACUCAAAUAGCUUGUAUCUUGUUUAAAGUAAUGGCUACUUUAAUCGUAAAAAAUAUUAUUUAUUUUGCAUAGUCUCCCAUGGAAUUUGAUGUUGGAUCCUCACACAUUCUUGUGCCGGAUGUACAGACUUUAGAGCCACAGGUUAGCUUUUAAUUCAAAUUUUUUUGAGACUUGUGGUUGUUAUGUGGUGUUUUGUCUUGGUUGCUUUGGUUGU